AAAAAUACCUGCCAUGGAAGAAUUGAACGCCAACGAUGAGAUUAGAGCAUCGACAAGUACAAUAAACACUAGGAAGAAGAAGAAUGUGAGUGGUCCAGUGCCUUUCAUACUCAUCAUAUGCGGCACUCUUGUUUACUACCAUUGUGCUUAUCGGAAUUCCAGUAUAGUCUCUCUCGUUUCAGAUGUGUUUAUUGUUAUCCUUUGCUCCCUUGCCAUUCUCGGCCUCCUCUUUCGCCAGAUGAAUAUCUCGGUUCCUGUGGAUCCGCUAGAAUGGCAGAUCUCACAGGACACUGCCAACCGCGUCCUUGCCUGCCUUGCUAAUACUGUCGGCGCUGCUGAGUCUGUUCUCCGGGUUUCUACUACGGGACAUGAUAAGCGCUUGUUCAUUAAGGUUGUGGUUACUCUUUAUGUGCUAUCAGUUUUGGGAAGGAUAGCGUCAGGUGUUACCAUUGCCUAUGCUGGACUCUGCCUUCUUUGCCUUUACAUGCUUGCUGUGAAUUCGCAACUGAUCAGCACAUGUUUGUCGAGUCAUCGAAGGAGAAGGGACUCAACAGAUACAGUUCAGAGCGACUAGGGCUUUGCUCUGUCUGCGGAGCAUAUGAAUUUCCUUGAUUGUAGAUAGACCAAAAGAGGAAAUGAAGGGAUAGGAAUAGGAACUAUAGUACCAUAGGAAAAAAGGGCACCUGUGGACCAUUUCAACAAUAGGGGUGCUGCCACACAUGGAAGUAAUGAAAAAGAAAAAGUAAUGUAGUUGGACCAUUUGUUCUAUCUGUUUGAUUUUGCUUCUCUAUUGCAAAUGUGAAUUCGUUGUGCAGCCUUGUAAUUUCUUUACAUGUCUCUGUAAAAUAUUCCCAGUCCGACAGAUGACUGUUUCCCUAGGUAACAAGGAUCCAAGUUUGGUUGUUGA